AUCGGCUGGAAAGCACCCGGUCAGUUCGUGAGCACGCGCGCAAGCCGUAGACUGGCCGAGGCAUAGCCAGCGCCGCCUUGGCAACUAUGAGCCUCUGCUCCUCCUCCUCCCACCAGAGCUCGUGAUCUACAUUACCAUGCGUGCCCAUCACCUCCUACUGACGCUCGGCCUCUCUGGUACAUUAUUUGGCAUCGCUCUGGGCUACGUGUGCUGUUCUCAACCAAAUACGAGCCGCUGCUACGAAAAUUACAGCUGUAGCGAGGGGACUACUACAAGCUACUGCUGUUGUCACAACAACUGUUCAAAAAUGGACGAGUGCUGUUGUGACCUAAUGAAUGGCUGCAAAGCUCCCCAAGCCAGUCUACAGAGUUUCGCGACAAUGCGUCUCCCCGCCGACGCGGUCUCCGUCCGCUUUGGCGUCUUUGAGAGCCUCAAUGCAACGUAUGAUGACGCGAAGGACUCCUCGGAGCUGGAAGAAGCUGCAUAGUAGGGAAUGCGAGCGGGGGGACUGGUGGGAGAUGUAGAGCGAGAAGGUGUGGGAGAGCACGCGCAAGUGGAGGGCACAUUUGCU